AUGCCUUCAGGCCCCUACCUCCCAACCUCCGCCGCCUACCUCAAGGAAUCCUCUCUUCUCCUACAGGCAUAUCCAAACUCUACCCGGAUAACAACAAAAUACACCUUCCCCAAAUCCUCUCCCUCGACCUCCACAAAGAAAUCCAAAUCCGAAAGCACACCCUCAGCACAACCAUUAACACCCGCCGCGCCAAUUGCAACCCUCGUCCUGAAAACAUACAACCCUGAGUCCGGGAUAUGCUUGAAGUACCGCACAAAUAAAGCCGCCGAGGUCGGGCGGUUGAUUACGGCGCUGGGAUUACUAGCGGGUGGUGCGGAUAUGGCGAGCUUGGAUGGGCCUGUUGCUGCUGCAGGGGGUGAUGUGGAGAUGACGGGGACAGGUGAGGAGGUUGCGGCUACGAGUACGGCUCCGACGGCGGCGGGUGCGGGUGCGAAUACCGGUGCGGGUGUUGGAAAAGGGAAGGGGAAGGGGAAGAAGAAGGGCAAGAAAUGA